UUCAAGAUUAAUCACAGUAGAGUCAGCGUAUUGUUGCAGGUGUAACUCGGUUCCAUUAACGCGAAACCAAGUAACGAACAGGAUUGCAGGACGAGUAUCGGAUACGACUACAAACGCGUGUGAGGGACCGCAUUUUUCUACGGCGAGAACGAGUUCUCAGUCGCAUGUAGUCUUUAGACGGUCACUUUUCCUUUCUGCAGCGGACACGCGGGUUGCGAAAUAUACGCGCGCGGGCUUGUGCGAGUUACGAGCGGCGUUCGUCGUUUUUCGCCAGAAUAAUGGGACUUGUUUUCAUGGAAGUCGCAAAUUGCGAAAUUACGGGAACGGACAGUUUUCGCGCCUGGCCUCCCUUCGAUCGACAGACCGGCACGGCGAUCCCGGGAGAAGAGCAACGCAAGAUGGCGCAAUUAGUGCAAAUAAUUUACGACGGUUACCGAGACCUGAUGGACAACAAAAGCGAUCCGAGGGUCAGCGACUGGUCGAUGAUGAGCAGCCCGUUCCCCACGUUGGCGAUCUGCUUGCUCUACGCCUAUUUCGUUAAGGUCUUAGGACCAAAACUGAUGGAGAAUCGAAAACCCUUUGAUCUCAGAAAAGUGAUGAUAUGGUACAAUCUCUUUCAAGUAAUAUUCUCAACGUGGUUGUUUAACGAAUGUCUGGUCACGGGCUGGGGAGGACAGUACUCCUUCAGGUGUCAGCCGGUCGAUUACUCAAAUAAUCCACUCGCGCUGCGCAUGGCACGGGGUUGCUGGUGGUACUACAUCUCAAAAUUCUUCGAGUUCACGGACACAAUCUUCUUCGUGUUGAGAAAAAAGAACGAUCACAUUAGCACUCUCCAUGUCAUCCAUCACGGCUGCAUGCCCAUGUCUGUUUGGUUCGGCGUUAAAUUCACCCCCGGUGGUCACAGCACCUUCUUUGGGUUUCUGAACACCUUCGUACACAUCGUAAUGUACUCGUAUUAUCUUCUGGCGGCGCUCGGGCCGCAAAUACAACCAUAUCUGUGGUGGAAGAAAUAUCUGACUACUUUGCAAAUGAUCCAGUUCAUCCUCGUGGUAGCCCAUGCAUUCCAAUUGUUUUUCAUCGAUUGCAAUUAUCCGAAAGCCUUCGGCUGGUGGAUCGGCAUGCACGCCCUGAUGUUCUAUUUCCUCUUCCGUAACUUCUAUAACGAAGCGUACCAGAAGAAGAAGAAUUUGCUAAACGAGCAAAAGAACGAUAAGGAGCAGGAACAAAAUAAAUACAGAGACGAUGUCAAAGAAAGCAACAGCGAUAAGAACGUGAUAUACGCAAAUCAGUACAAAAUGGCCACCGGUUACAUCUCGGACAGCGGUCUCAGGAAUCGCGUGUUCAUCGAUAAUCGAGGCUUUGAUGAAUAACAUAAGAAGCCCCCAAUUUGAAAAGAUUUUAAUCAUUUGUCGACCGCACAUUUCACUGCGAAUUAUGUCGAACACUUCGCCACAUUGCACCACAAUCGCUAUCCUCACAGUGUGAUCGAAAAGUAGGUAAUAGACAGAAGAAAUUAAAGGAAAAUGAAAAAUAAGAGGACAAGCGUGUUGAACGCCUACCAGAAUUUUUUUUUAUCUGGUCUCAGCAGCGUUCUUUCUGGGUGGGUGCUUUGCGGCAAAGUCUUUCUUACGUCUGUACAAAAUUUUCCUCGCGUUUUCUAUGUAUAUUAAAGUGUGAACGGAUGUACAUAUACGGAAUGUGUGUAUACUACAAUAAUUUGUGUACGUUUGUUAGUUUAGCGAGGAGUGAAAGCAGACUGGCUAAGCACUGUAACGAAAUUGCCAAAAUAACAAAAUAUGUUAUUCUUCACAGUUAAGAUAUAAGAACCGAAACGCAUUUCUUGUUCUAUAGAUAAUACUUCUGCGAAAGAGGUAGCCUUAAGGGAGUGGUUCUUAUGGGAACAUUAAUGCAGACCGCUUAAGAAUUAAUUCCGCAUUUGCUCAUGUCUCCCUCUUUCAAACAUAGAAUAAUAACGUAUCGAACUCUUGCCGCGUCUCGUAUCAAGAGAAUAAAGAAGAAAAUGCAAUAUUUAUUUUUUAUGUGCAAGAAUAUUUAAUUAAAUUAUGGUUACUGUUUUGACUAUUUUGACGUGAGGCGUAUUCAAAUGCAAAAGGUUUCUGCGAGUCCUAAGCAAUGACAAAGAUAUGAUACGAAAUCUGAAUAAGGUAGACAGAAAAUUUAACAGUCCGUCAACUUAAGGUAAAGACUUACAUAUUUACCGUAUGCUUGGGGCAAAUAUUUAUUUUAUUAUUAUUUUACAUUAUUAAAUUGUUAGAAAUA